AUGUCAUCCUCAUUCUCGACUUCGUUCCUUAAGGGCAUCGACCCCGGAACUGUUAUCACUCUAAAUCAACCUUUCUCUUCCCAGUGUGUCGAGAAACUGAACGAGCAUGAGUUUCAGGUCAACAAGCAAGAAAACAAUGACUAUGGCUUCUGUUCUUUCGCCUCGGCCAAAUUCCAAUGCUGUGAUCCCAACCAAUGUUCAAAGAAAGCCUUCAUGAGAAUGUACAUCCAAGUUCCACAUCGAAAAACUGAAAUGGAUGAUGCGGAUACCAGAGGCCAACAAGCAACAACAUUCACACCGCCAGCCGCCUAUCAGGACCUCACCCAAAAGCACUCAAGCAACGCACCCAAGCUCAUUGAAUACAAGACGGUACCCAGGAUCGGUCAGGGCUAG